UCAAUACUGAAGAUUUUCAAAACUAUUUGGUGCUCUUCAACUCACUCUCCUGUUUGGGGACCAUGGAGUAACUGUUGAAGGCAUCUGUAAGUUCGACUGGAGGCCAAAUAGCCGAAGCUUUUCAAAGAAUCUUGGGAAACCAAAAUGAGGCACCAUCAAAUGUGUUGUGAAACACCACCUACUGUCACUGUUCAUGUAAAAUCAGGGUCAAAUAGAUCACAUCAGCAUAAAAAACCUGUUAAUCUGAAACGUCCUAUUUUUAAAGAUAGUUGGCAAGCUUCUGAAAAAAAUGCACAUAAUAAUAAGUCUAAACGCCCCAAAGGACCUUGUCUAGUUGUACAGCGUCAGGAAAUGACUGCUUUCUUUAAAUUAUUUGAUGACGAUUUAAUUCAAGAUUUCUUGUGGAUGGACUGCUGCUGUAAAAUUGCAGACAAGUAUCUUUUAGCUAUGACCUUUGUUUAUUUCAAGAGGGCUAAAUUUACUAUAAAUGAGCACACCAGGAUAAAUUUCUUUAUUGCACUGUAUCUGGCUAAUACAGUUGAAGAAGAUGAAGAAGAAUCCAAGUAUGAAAUUUUUCCAUGGGCUUUAGGAAAAAACUGGAGAAAAUUGUUCCCUAAUUUCCUAAAAUUAAGAGACCAACUCUGGGAUAGAAUUGACUAUAGGGCUAUUGUAAGCAGGCGAUGCUGUGAGGAGGUUAUGGCCAUUGCACCAACCCAUUACAUAUGGCAACGAGAACGCUCUGUGUAUCACAGUGGAGCUGUUAGGAACUACAGCAGAGAUGAGGUUCCACUGCCCCGGGGACCUAGUGCCACACCAGUAGAUUGUUCACUCUGUGGUAAAAAAGGAAGAUACGUUAGACUGGGAUUGUCUUCAUCCUCAUCUUCAUCCAGUGAUACAGUGGAGAUGACGGAAAAACAUUUUCAAGAAACACACAACUCAUUCUCAGUGGACAAAUUAGUUGAUCCUUCUCAAGCUUAUAGCUAUUCUCAAGUAGCCAAUGACCAUCAAUCAAAGAAAGAAAGGAAAACUAAUUUCAUGAAGAAAGACAAAUCUAUGGAGUGGUUUACAGGAAGUGAAGAAUGA